AUGAGCUCAAGCUUGCGGACUUUCUACAGCUGGAUUGGACCAGUGGUGGUGUUCCUCUCAGUGCCUCAAUGCCAAGCAACGAUAUUGGGGGAUGCCAUUGUCUCAGGAAAGCCUCUUUCAUUGAAUCGGUGCCUGGCCGCUGCAGCUUCCGAUAUCAACCUCAAUGCGGUGUCCACUGUGUGUCAUGAGGACAUCCAGCGGUUCUACUGCCGGAGGGUGCGUGAUGUUGCCUCCAAGAGAUAUACUGAGCGCUUUGUCUCUGGUUGUGUUGCCGGUGGUGAUAAGGACCCCGAGCUGGUCUUCCGCCCCUUUCAUCGGGCGACCAUUGCCUACGUCAUAUUGGCACAUCAGUUUCCAGAGAAUGUCAAGCGGCUUGUGUCCAGACUCUUUGUGCCCCUUGGAACUAUAUUUGCAGUGCAUAUCGAUGAGAAAAACCCAUCCAUGUUCAAUGAGCUUUCAAUCUGGGUUGUGGAAGAGGGCUUGGAUUAUGCAGUGCAGAUCUUUUCUGAGUUGAAUAUAGUCCGUGGUGGCCCGAACAUGCUCCACGCAGAGCUCCUAGGUAUUCGUCGUUUGUUGAACCACACCAUUCCAUGGGACUUCUGCAUUCUGUUGAGCGAACAGGACUAUCCAUUGAGAGGAAACGCCGUUCUUGCCGAAUAUUUGUGGGUGCACAGAGGCACAAGCUUUGUCUCCGUGGACGAGGGGGAGUGCGAACGAGAUGUAUCAUACCAGUGUGGAGACAGGGUCGUCUCAUUGUCUGGAGGUGUCCAAUAUCCAAAGAUCCCUGGAAUGAGAUAUGCCAGUGGGUCUCAGUGGUUUGCCAUUACCUAUCAACUUGCGGCUGUGAUUGGAACGCAUUUAUCAAACUCGUCAACCAUUGUGGGAACCAUCCUUCAUGACCUCAUCACAGUGAAGCAGCCGGAUGAAAGCUUCUUCCAGGCGGUGGUUCUGAACUCAGAGUUUUGCUCCCGCUACUCCGACUACACCCUGCACUGGACAGACAAGGACAGCAUGCGAGAAGUGCGCAGCUUGACUAGCGAGUACAACAUCAUGUCGCCUGGAGUGUUGAUCUUUCCGAGGGAUGUGGCCAAAGUGUCGGAAGUUCGCGACAAGUCUUUGUGGGCCUUCUUUGCACGGAAGUUUGACAACAGCCUUCAGAGCACUCAGUUGAAGGAUUCGCUGGAUAAACUAUCCAAGCAGAACAGCCGCAAGGUGUGGACCCGUGUACAGAAGCAUCAAGUGCCAGCGCUGUGGCGCUCCCUGGCGAGUGACUCCAGUGACUUCUGA